AUUUUCACAUGUUUUUUAAGCGGGUGGGACUCGAAAUAUCUGUGUUCGUCUGUUCGGACUUGGAAAACACAGAGUGGAAUUGUAAUUAACAAAUGCUAUGGAUAGAAUCGCAGAGCUUGCAGGAGAGGAUGAUACGGAAGAGAGAAACAGGACGUUUGUGUUUGCUGACGAGGGCCACACAUUCGGGAAUGCUUUAAGGAGCAUUAUAGUGAGAUAUCCAGAGGUCCUAUUUUGUGGGUACACAAUACCUCAUCCAGCAGAAACAAAGAUGCAUUUCAGGAUUCAGACAAAUGGACCACGAGCUGCUGAUAUUCUGAAAAAGGGCAUUGAGGAUUUAGAAAAGGUGUGUGACCACAUAUUGGAAGUGUUUCAGGCAGAAACAGAAGAGUUUGAAGCACCCUGAAACAAAUUGUGUAACGAGAUACUAUUUAUGGAACCAUAAUUGGUUACAUUUGUAAUGUUUUGUACUAUAAAUUUUAUAUUAUUCUGAAAUAAAAUACGUUUGAUACUUUA